UAUGGAGCGGGAUUUAAAGUUUAAAUCUCUCGGCGAGGCGCAAUAAAGGGCAUACUGCCGAGGUUAUAUAAAUUCCUUAACGUACAUACCGUUGAGGGUAGUAGUAACAUAGAAAACGUUGGAGGGAACGUAUUAUAGGUGACAGGGGUCCCCACCCUACGAUGGCACAGCAGACCCGUAUUAUGUGAACCCCCUGACUACCCCUCAGGUAGUACGCAACACAUGUAUAAGCGUGUGCAUUGGAAACGCUUGGAGAAACGCCCUUCGUACAUCUGCUCUUGGGGAACUCGUGUGGCAGUUUGCUCGAGGCAACCAUACUGCGCGGAUCGAACGCGUUCGAGCAAUAGAAUUAGCCUCGACGAACUCGUGAAAUCUUCGUGAAAGAAACAAAUUCUAAUCACGGUAAAGUGGACCAUCGACGGAAACUUUCAUCCCCAUUUCGGAAAUGUAAGAACCAAUUUGAACAGAUUCAAACUCGAACAAGUGCUCCAGCUUGUGAUCAUUUGUGAACGGAAACACGUGUUCGAUCGGCGCAGUUUUCGGGAAUAAAUAGGAACUGAAGAAAAUGUGCAAAGCAAAUCAUAUUCGCGCGCAAGAGAUCUCGCCUCCUGUACAGACGGUAACUUUCUCGUUAGAAACUUGGGUGCCACCCUCGUACGUGAGCAGCACCUUACUGUUCCUCGUGAAUCGAAAAAAUAAAUCGUGAAUGGAAAUACGCAAUUGUUGGACGCGUGUCUGGACGAUGAUCGUCGCAAAAAGCCUGAAACUCGCAUGACGAACUUUGUCCGCGCGUUAAUAAAGAGUCAUUCGUUUACGUCCAAGUGCUGCACGCAAACUAUCAAGAUAGCGUGCGUCGUGGCGAGUGGAACGACCAGCAAAAACGCGAGAGACAUUAAUCAAAGUUGGACGAGCGUUACCGAGUGAUACGGAAGGAUAAGAAGAUGGCCCAAAUGUCGGAACCCGCACCGGUGCAUUGUUACACAAAUCCUUCGUUUUGUCGUCAGUCGGAAUAUAUACCGGAGGAUCAACCUGGCGAUCUGCCGCCGCCGCCUCAAUUUCAAAGCAGCGACGAUCUACCGCCGCCGCCUCCCCCGUUGCAGUUACAAUGCAUCGGUGGUCAGAGCAACCUCGCGUUCCAGGGGCCGAACGAAAUCAGAAUCGAGAGUAGCGAUGCCAGAGACAGAUACUGUUACCUCGAAGAAAACAGUAACCCUACGCAUCGGAGGUAUGGAAGCGUUCCGGUGGAGGACCACCGCGGGAUGUAUAAUCAAAGUUCAAGGUACGAGUACAUACAAGACGAGCAAAAGGGUCACAUGCAGAGGAGGGGUUCCUCGAGGUACGAGUUCAUUCCACGCCAGCAGGUGCAACAACGUUCCGCACUAGCGGCCAACCAAGACGACCGGCGGGAGCAGCAGAUGCAAAAUUGUCGAAACAACAGCGGAAGAUACGCCUUUGUACCGGGUGAUCAGGAUUUCCAAGACGAAGAUAUCGCGUGGAACACCGGAACACGUGUAUCGCCGGUGCGGAGGCACAUCAACACUCCACAAGGUCGUUAUAGCAGAGUGCCUUUGCAAGAAGAGGAUCCUCCGGCCCUUCCGGAACGGAACGGCCAAGAACUAUCGGUCUCCCCGAGAAAUAACUUGGCGACGCAAAAGCUGCACGAGAUAUUGACCACUCCCAGAAAACCUCGCUCCAAAUCCGAGGAACGAACCCUGUCUCCGAAGAGGCAACAUUCGUUCAAUCAAGCCGGUACACCACAAAGAAGAGCACUCACACCGGGUGGUUCCCCAACCGGCCGAACGUUCAGCCCCAAUCGCAGCACUCCGCAGGGAACUCCGCAAAAUCGUGGAUUCCCCACGGGCCCGCAGACGUCCACCCCGAACAAAGAGUCGUCAGCGCGAAGAUGUCUACCGUUAUUAGAAAACUCGUCCCGACAGCAGGAUGUCUGUCCAGCGAGCAACUGUGGACGACUGCGAUACGUCGGCACGGCUCCGGUCGACCUCGUAUCGAUGGGUCACAGUGACCUACCUCCACGUUACGCGUACAUGGAUGGGCCGGAAUCUAUGCCGAUGGUGUCCGGUUCACCCAAGUAUCAAAUGAUACCCGCAGGACACAAGAGGAACGGCUAUCAUAGCGUAGAAAGUGCAUUUAUCGCCAGAACCGCAGUGGUUCCACCACUGUCGCCGCCCAACAGCGACGCAAACACAACCUUGGCUAGCGGCUUGGAGAAAAACGAUAGGAGGAACGCGCCGCUCUUAUUAGCGUUAGUGGGUACCCUAACUUGCGGCUUGGCGUUAUACCUGUCUUGGACGCAAGGAAGAAGAUAUUAUUACGACAGUGCCGCGGGUUGUGGUGUCUGCUGUGCAUUGGCUGGCGCUUGUAGGACACUAAGGAAGACUUGGACAGGACUUGGACUCGCAGGAUUAUCAGCGCUGAGCUGUGCAGGACUCUUACUGCUCGCUGCUAAAUCUCCAAAACCUGGCACCCCUCUUCACGAUGUUACAGCCGGCGCCUUGUGCGGAGUUUCUUUACUGGGCGCUAUCUUAGCACUACUGGCACUCUUGUCACCGAGAUGCAGCUUGGGACGACAUAGAAGAGUUCACUCAUGGAUUCCUCGACUUUCGCCCUAAUUUUCCAACUCUUAUAUAUUUUUUUAAAAAAUGAUUCUAAGCACGGGUACCAAUUGGAAUUAUUUUUAUAACAAAAGAUCUGUCAAUAUCGAAAUCCUAGUCUACCGUUUGGUCAAGAGUAGAAUUGUACGAAAAUUAAUAAUGAUAACGUAAAAUAUAUGUAAUUUAAGUUCAUACUGUAAGAUUAUUUUAAGGCGAAUAAAUUUAUAAUACAUGCUCAUGUACAAAAAAUACCUAAAUGCGACACUGUAUUUUUGUAUGAUCCUGUACAUUCUUUUAUCGAUUUUCAAAUAAAUAUAUCUAACAAUUA